GGCCUGAGGCAAGAGCCGUUUCGCAGGCCGCGUGAGGGGAGGGGGCUCCGCUCUGCUGCCGCCGCCGCUGCCGCCUCUGCGACAGGCCGAGCGCGCUCCGGGGUGAUGCUAGGACCCAGGAGGGAGCCGGCGCGGCGCUGAGGAGGAGGCAGAGAGAUGCGCCGGCCUUCCAGCACCGCCAGCCUCCGCGGCCGCCUCCAACGGCCCUGAGCCGCCGCUUAGUAGGUGAGCCCGGCUGGGCGGACUAGACCGAGGGCGAAGGUAACCUAAUCCAUGGGUAAAGUUGGGAAGAUGUGGAACAGUUUCAAGUACAGAUGCCAGAAUCUCUUCAACUCUGAAGGUGGAAGCAGAAGUGAAAAUGUAGAUGUAAACUCUAAUUGUUCUUCUGUUAGAGAUAAAAGUGUGUUUGUUCCUGAUCCAGCUGUGCAACGACCCAGCAGCCCUUUAAGAGAUGUUUCUUUACAACUGAGUCUAAACCCUUCAAAAAGCUCUGCAAGGAAAAAUCAAAACUGUGCUGCAGAAAUCCCACAAAUUGUGGAAAUAAGCAUUGAGAGAGAGUGCGACUUGGGUGUUGCCACAGGAGCUAGACUUGCACGAAGAGAUUCCUACUCAAGGCAUGCACCAUGGGGUGGGAAAAAGAAACAUUCCUGCUCUACAAAAACCCAGAGCUCUUUGGAUAGUGAUAAAAGAUUUGGCCGUUCUCGCUUGCAAAGGAGAGAGAGAAGAUACGGCGUGAGCUCUGUUCAUGACACGGACAGUGUCUCAAGCAGGACCAUUGGGAGUCGCUCUCUGCGACAAAGACUUCAGGAUACUGUUGGCUUGUGUUUUCCUAUGAGAACGUACUGCAGACCAUCCAAACCUCUCUUUUCUAACAAAAGAAAGAUCCAUCUUUCUGAACUAAUGCUAGAGAAAUGUCCUUUCCCUCCUGGGUCAGAUCUGGCUCAAAAAUGGCAUCUAAUUAAGCAGCACACAGCCCCAGUGAGCCCGCACUCAACUCUCUUUGAUGCAUUUGAUCCUUCUGUGGCUUCUACAGAAGAUGAAGAGGACAGGCUCAGAGAAAGACGAAGGCUCAGUAUUGAAGAAGGGGUUGAUCCCCCUCCCAAUGCUCAGAUACAUACUUUUGAAGCUACUGCACAAGUUAACCCGCUAUAUAAACUGGGACCAAAGUUGGCCCCUGGCAUGUCUGAGAUGACUGGAGACUGUAGUUCAACGCCACAGGGAAGUUGCGACCUGGAGGAAGACACAACUACUCUCUGCUUGCAGUCGCGUAGGCAAAAGCAGCGCCAGGUAUCAGGAGAGAGCCAUAGCCACACCAGCAGACAGGGAGCUUGGAAAGUACAUACUCAGAUUGAUUAUAUACACUGCCUUGUCCCAGACUUACUGCAAAUUACUGGCAAUCCUUGUUACUGGGGAGUGAUGGACCGCUACGAAGCAGAAGCACUUCUGGAAGGAAAACCCGAAGGCACUUUUUUGCUCAGGGAUUCUGCUCAAGAAGACUACCUCUUCUCUGUGAGCUUCCGCCGCUACAACCGGUCUCUGCAUGCACGCAUUGAACAAUGGAACCACAACUUUAGUUUUGAUGCUCAUGACCCCUGCGUGUUUCACUCCUCAACUGUUACAGGGCUUCUAGAACACUACAAAGAUCCUAGUUCUUGCAUGUUUUUUGAACCUUUGCUUACAGUCUCCCUAAACAGAACUUUCCCUUUCAGCUUGCAAUAUAUCUGCCGGGCAGUAAUCUGUAGGUACACUUCGUAUGAUGGGAUUGAUUGUCUCCCUUUGCCAUCAAUGUUGCAGGACUUUCUAAAGGAAUAUCACUAUAAGCAAAAGGUCCGAGUGCGAUGGUUGGAGCGGGAACCAAUAAAGGCAAAGUGAACAGAGUUCAGAGUCCCCAGUAAGCUCACUAGAAAUAUGUGCUUUUUUGUGCAAAUACAGUAUAACUGUGGUUAGCACAUCAGUGUUCAGCUUCUUCAUCUUCUUUUGCAAUGUGGUACUUUAAGCUUAAUGUGUUUUUGAGUGUGUUCAGAUGCUGCCUGCUAUUAAUCAAGCUUAGUUGUGAAUAUCUCUUGAAACAAUAUACUGAACACAAAUUCACACAUUUUUUAACGCGGGCUUGCAGAUUAUAAUUGUCCAGUUCUGAAAUACACUAUUUUCUCCCGCAAUUUCUAUAGUUAUCACCAUAUGUAAAGCGGCCAUUGAGUAUUUUCUAAGUUCCAUUCAAUUUCAACAAAGUGAGUUGCUGCCUUUUUUCAUUUUUUAACAUGUUGAACACCAGCAAUUGUGUUCCAGUGUAGUUGCUUUCUUAGUACAUUUUAAAGUUCAGUUUCCCCCCCCCCAUGACAAUUUUCACAUUAAAGCUAUUCUAAAAUGAAAAAUCAUGAGCAACAAGGGAAACUGCUGUCACCUAGCACUUCUAAGAAUUGAUCACGUACAUUAAUGAGCACUUAUAUGCAUCUACUCGGCACCAAACUUUGGUUUUUAAAAGGGCUGUAUCCCAAUUAAGUAUACUUUAGUGUAUGAUUGUUUGAGUGCUAAUAGAUUAAUCAGCCAACUAAGUUUGCAUAAAUGUGCAUAUCACUAAAAUAGUAAUCAUAUGCAAGAAAAAGUAAACACAUACUUUAUUUAUUUUAUAAUGAUGCCUACAUGUGCCUACUGUGAUACCUUGAAAGAGGCAUCUCUUAUAGCAGUGGUCACCAACCUUUUUGGAUCUGGGGGCACAUUCUGAAUUUUGAGAAGAUGCCAAGGGUACCAGUUAGAAAAUGGCUGCCACCGGGGGUGUAGCCUAACACAUAAUGGCUGCCACCUUCAAAAGAGAAGAAAAAGAAAAGAAACGGGAACAUAAAAUAGUUCAAAUAUGGGAAAAUCAGUUCAGGUUUUAAAAAUAUAUAUAUAUAUAUGCAUAGUCAGAGACAAAAAGACAUAAUGCUGACUCACAAGUAUUUCCCCCCUAUUUUUAUGGAGAAGAAAAUAAUAGAAAAACACAGAAAAUACAGAAAGGACUCACCAGAGUAGUAGUGUGAUUUUAAGGCUGACUCAUCUACAAGCAUCUCAAAACUAGGGGUGUAUGAGGAUACGAUGAUAAUGAUUUUUUGCCUUUGCACUAAGCCCUCCUCUCUACAGACAACCUGGGAGCAAUCCCUGUGGGCCAGGCAGGAGCAAAAAGUGAUAAUAACAUUGAUGCCUCUGAAAUGACUCCCUCCCCAAAAAACAACAACUUGGAAACAAUUGGGAAUAAUAUAGUGAAGAUGGUGAUGUUGAUAAUAAUGAUGCCUCCGCAUUACCCCACCCCUCAAGAAUGUAACAACUUGGAAACAACCAGGAAAAUUCUUAGCAUCAUCAUUAUUAUUAUCACCAACACCAUUAUGAUGCUUCUGUACUGGGCUCUCCCCUUCAAACAACUUUGGGACAAUCCUUGCUGUAGGGCAAGUAGCAGGGAGAAAAAGGGUUUCCAUAUCCUUACACCCUCCCUGAGUUCAACAGAGGCCUCAAGCAGCUGGCUGGUCCACGUGCCGGCAGGCAGCAAACAAGUAUGGCAACAAUGGGAGGCUUGCCAUCUUGCUCCCCCCACCCCACAUUUUCAAAAAAGUUUCUUAAGUAACUAUCUGCAGGCUGUUUCAUGUGGCCAGCAGGCAGCAAAACUAUUAAUUCCUGGGCUGCUUCCCCUACUCCAAACAUAUUUUCAAAAGCCUCUCAAGUAGCAGCCUGUCAACUGUUCCGCGUGGCUGGCAGGCAGCAAAGCAUAUGCAGCUGCAGACUUUCCAAGGACUGGGAAACAAGACAGUAACAAGAAAAGUGCACUAAAGGGAAGAGGGAACGGCACCUCUAUGGGACCCUUUGCCUGCUCUCCAAACAACUCAUUUAUCAGGCACAGCUCUGGCUACACUCACUGACUUAAAAACACUGGCAGGUGGGAGCAGCCAGGCUGGUUCAUUUCACGUCAGUUGCUUAGAAGAGCACCUGCACCUUCUGCUUCAUAACUUCUUUUCUAGGAUGGCUAGAGUCCUGUGUAAGAAAGAAAGAGUUGUGGGUAGGGGCAGUCUGGAGGCACCAGUGAAGGCUGCCUCAGGCACCCAGUUGGCAACACCCCUCCCAAAAAAAAUCCUACAACAUGGCGCAGAAGGAUGAGUUCCUCUUCUAAGAUGUUGCACAGUUUGUAGAAGUACUUAAAACUUGCACAUUUCCUAAAAAUCUUCUAUACCAUUAAUUGGGGUCACCUUAAUCAGAUGGAUUGUAGUCAGUUGUCUUAAGCAUUGCAGCCCUAGUUUAAAAGCAACUUUAAAAAUAAAGUUUAGUAUACACAGCGCUUCAGUAACUUCUGUCUAACACUGCAAGCUUUCACAGAAGUAAGAUUCAUUAAAUUCAGUGGGACUAAACUAGAUAAGCGUGUGUAGGAUUGCAGUUUAAGUCAACUGCUGCUGGUAAGUCGUGAUUAUGAACUUGACUCAACUAUACGAAACCUGACAGUAGUAAUUGGAGCUUUGCAUUAACUGAUUUUUUUAAUGGUUCAAAACAGUAUUUUUAACUGUCUGCUAAAAACUAAUGGUCAUCUAGCUUAGUUAUAACUUAAAGCUGAUCCAGAAAAGAUAAUGUUCUGUUCCGCUUCUUUCCCUCCACCCUACUCAAUGCAUCAUACGUAAAGUUUCAGGCUUCAUAUAGGUACUGUUGUAUUUGUAAAUGGUGUAGCACCUUCUUUUGGUAACUUGUAGAUUGUGUUCUCCUUGAGCAAAAAACUUUUGAAGCUUGCUCUUUUGCUUCUGGUCCCCCCCUCCCACCGUGGACAGAACAUAACCUGUUUUGUCCUAGUUGUGUUUGCACUAAAAUUUGUGUUGGAGUACAGAGUCUCUUGUUUUUUGCUUGUGUAUCUUGUACCAAUGACUAGUGCUCCCUAGGUUCUUAACCAGUUGACAGUGACUGUGAGGUAGGAAAACUUCAAAGCUGCGUAUACAAGAAGAGUUAUACUUGUAUGCCAACACUAACCAGUUUAUCAAUGUGUGUUUUUCCUCCGCUUGCUGUGCCUUGUUACAGCUUUUUGUGCUAAUAAAGUACAGUAUUUUCAGUGUUA